AUGGCAUCGGUGAGAUACCGAGGGGUCGAAGCCUUCGUCACGGCAGUCGUGGCUGCAGGGAAAGCGAAGACGCCGUCUUCGGCCGACGACGAGAAGACCGAGAUCUGGCCAUGGCGACCGGAACUGGUUCACUGUCGGGAUUGA